UGUGCAUUUCGUGAUCGGGACCACAUGCACGGUGUUAGUUUCAUUCUGUGAAGUAGCUGUGUCCAACGCGUCGUACAAAGAAUUGGCAUGGCGGAGAGGGUGAAGUGGACAGCCAUUGUGCUGACAUGUGCCAACAGACAAUGGGCAAACACCUUACAGACAGAGUUAGAGAUUCGUCAAGCAAAGGGGCAGAUAGACAAAGGGGUCCUUUUACUCACAGUAGAGGAUCCCAAAUCAAGUGUGGGUAGUGGAGGUGCCACCAUCAAUGCUCUCCUCACUGUCACCGAGUACCUGUCUGCACAAAAAGGAUACUCUAUCAUAAAUCCUGAUGUUCUCCAGGAAUCCAAAGUUCUCAUCCUGCACUGUGGCCGUAAUUACCCUUAUGAGCCAUGUGGUAGGGCAUUCAUUACUUUACCUGCCUCUCUUACCUCCCCUGAAUAUGAUGGUAUGACAUGUCAGUUGGACUUGCUGCUAAAAAACCUCACAGAAAAGUUGGCUGUCAAGUCCCCGCCUGGAGUUUGGGUCAGUAGUGUUGAUAUGAUACUUUCCAUUCCAGAAAAUGCAGCCAUUCCUUGGCAAGAUUCUGAUGUGUGUGUGAUCACAGUUCCAAGUACGCCAAAAUACUGUCGUGACCAUGGUGUCUAUAAGAUCAACACAGAGGGAUAUGUGACAGAUAUACUGUAUCAGAAGGACUUGGGAGGACUGGAGUGCUGUGAGAGACCUGAUGGAACUGUCCCAGUGGUGUGUUCUGUAAUCUACCUCAGUCAUGUUGUAACUGAGACCCUCCUGUCCUUUCACACAAAGCCUCCAUUGGAUGCUUGUACCUACAUGGGAGUGGACAGUGGUCAGCCCCCUAUACAGUUGUCACUCUUCUUUGAUGUCAUGUUACCAAUGACAAGUGAUGUAAAUGAGAAGGAAUUUGUAUCUGGAGGUCGAAGUGGGGUCAAGGGUCAAGCCCACCUACCUGGGUCAGACAACAUCAUUAAGACAAUGAGGUCAGCGAGACAGAUCCUAUGGCAGAAUCUACACAACUUUAAAAUAUGGGCAUGUAUGGUAGAGAAAGGAGAGUUCCAUUACCUGGUUAGCUGUCCCUUAGAUCAUGAAGCCAUCUUACUUGAUUGUCCAUACAAAAAUAACUUUCACAAAUCAGAGAUCACCUGGCAAGACAUCAACCAUUCAUUAGUACAGGACAAGUGUAAAGUAGAAGAUGAUGCCAUCCUAAUCAACAGUGUCCUCAGUGAUAAAGUGAUGGUCAGUUCCAAGUCCAUCAUCACAGACUGUCAGCUAGGUGGACGCAUGGAGGUGGGUCGGGGUUGCCUGGUAACAGGACUGUGUGUUGAUGCCCAGCUCAAGACUGACCUGAAGAAGACAGUAAAGAUCGGAGACUACACCGUUGUACAAUGCUUCAGGAUCUAUCUAAGUACACUGGAGAAAACUGUGAAUGUCCUCACUACACAUGGAAAGUUUGAUCGUGUUGAGGCCCCUAUGUACAAGAGUACGACAACUUUCUGUAACAACCCCUGGGUGGUGUUUCUGAACCUGACAGGCAUCAUCAAAGAGGAUCUGUGGGGACCCGAUGUGGACAGUGAUAACCAGACAGUUCUCAAUGCGAGACUGUUCCCUGUGUUCCACUCUUCUGAGGAACUUGGUCUGGAGGAGAUCUCAUGGCUUCAUGGAGAACUAGAGGAUACAGAUCAGACUAUCAUACGCAGAUGGCGGUCAUCCUGGAGAUUGUCACUCAAUGAUAUCCUGUCGUGUGUCAGUAUGGAAGAGGAGAUCCGCUGGAAAAAGACUUUAUUUUACAAUGUGAGUAAAAUUCACAUCAGGCGAGAUUUACUACAAAGUAGUCACCAUGGUUUUCGUUCCAUCUACAACAGUGCCCAUAUAGACGGAUUCUCACAGGAAAUUCUGGUAACACUCGACCAAGUGGCCAAGGAGUGUCAGGGAAUGCCAGGAGUUGCAGCUCGUACCCUUGCCAACAUUGCUGAUGUGUUAGGGUGUAUGGCUGCUACCAAAGGAGGCCUUAGGAGUGGACCAGCUGCCAAUAAGUCCUGGACUAGGGCCUUCCAUCAAUUGGAGAAAGGUGACCUAGCAGGAGGAAUAGAUUCCCUCGCAAAGAUCCGAGCAAGUUGGCUAGGACGACCAGACUUGUUGACUCGGGCAGCAAGACAUUACGAGGGAGCCGCAGCCAUCCUUAUCCGUCAGGCAGUCAUGACAGCCAAGGAGAACUUCAAACUGGAGUUUUGUGAUGCACCUGAUAUUGGAAAGUGGGUGAUUGCUGAAUGUCCUGCUAGAAUAGAUGUAGCUGGUGGCUGGUCAGACACGCCACCCAUAACCUACGAACAUGGUGGUGCUGUCACAAAUAUAGCACUUAAGAUCAACGGCAAGAGGCCGGUAGGAUCUAAAGUGAGGCGAAUACGAGAGCCGAAGAUUGUGAUGGUUUUGUACGGAUACAACCAGGAGGACACAAACGUCAUGUGCGAGGAGUUGUCUCACCUGGAAAACUAUUAUCAACCUCACAGUCCAGGUGCUCUCCUAAAGGCUGCCAUUGUAUGUGCUGACAUCAUCAACCUAGACUCGGAUUUGUCACUGAAGGAACAGCUACAGCGCAACUAUGGCGGUGGAUUUGAAAUUCACACCUGGUCCAACCUUCCACAGGGCUCAGGUAUGGGGACCAGCAGUAUCCUUGCAGGGGCUGUCAUGGCUGCUUUACUGCGGGCUUCUGGGAAGUCAUGUGACAGAAAGGGACUAGUACAUGCUGUAUUGUACCUGGAGCAGCUGCUAACAACAGGCGGGGGCUGGCAGGACCAAGUCGGAGGCAUCAUGGGAGGUAUCCGUAUCGGACUUUCUGACGCCAAACUUCCCAUCAGUGUAGACUCUAUAGAUCUGAAACCUUCAGAAGAUGUCAUCAAGGCCAUCAGUGAUCGUAUCAUCCUCAUCUACACUGGCAAGACUCGCCUCGCCAGGAAUCUCCUUCAGGAUGUAGUAAGGAACUGGUAUGCUAGAAACCCACAGAUUGUAGAGACAGAGGAUAACCUUGUAAAGCUGGCGCAGGAGUGUGCUAAUGUGUUUAUUGACAGCCCUACUGAUUUUGAGAAGUUGGGAAGUUGUCUCAAUAGGUAUUGGGAACUGAAGAAAUUGAUGGCCCCAGGCUGUGAAACUGAAGUAAUUGCCUCCCUUAUGAAUGUGCUUCAACCACAUGUAUAUGGCAUGUGUAUGGCUGGGGCUGGAGGGGGCGGCUUUAUGUAUGCCAUUGCCAAGGACAAUAUGCAAAGGGAGGUAAUCAAGGAUGUUCUCAGUCAUGCCAAGAUCUUUGAGCAAGUUGAGGGAGCUGAAGGUUCCGUCAUCUAUGAUGCCACUGUGGAUACAGAGGGACUUCAGGUGACUGUUGAGGAGUAAGCUAAAAGUGACAGUGGAUACAAUAUUUCAGGUGACUGUGAAGGAAUAGGGCCAGUUACUGUGAAUACAGAGGGACUUAAGAUCACAGUUUCCAUGGAUACAAAAAGACUUCAGGUGACUGUGAAGGAAUAGGGCCAGUUACUGUGAAUAUAAAGAGACUUAAGAUCACAGUUACCAUGGAUACAAAGAGACUUCAGGUGACUGUGAAGGAAUAAGGCCGCUUACUGUGGAUACAGAGGGACUUACGGUGACAGUUACCAUCGAUACAUAGAAAAUUCAGGUGAUUGUCAAGAAUAAGGCCGGUUACUGUGGAUAGAGAGAGAGUAGAAGUGACUGUCAUGGAGUAAGACAUUAUUUACUGUGGAUACAAAGGGACUCAAGGUGACAGUUGCAACGGAUACUGAAAUUCCAGGUGACUGCAUGUGUGGAGUUGAUAAAGAUGGAUACAAGGGGACUUAAUGUUACUGUCAUAUGGAGUAAGGUGACAGUUACCAAGGAUACAAAGGGACUUUGGGUAGCUUUCCUGGAGUAAGGUGACAGUUAGCAAGGAUACAGAGGGAUUUUGGGUAGCUUUCCUGGAGUAAGGUGACAGUUACCAAGGAUACAGAGGGACUUUGGGUAGCUUUCCUGGAGUAAGGUGACAGUUACCAAGGAUACAGAGGGACUUGGGUAGCUUUCCUGGAAUAAGGUGACAGUUACCAUAGGUACAAAGGACUACAUUUAAAUGUCGAUGCAUAUGGUUACAGUUACCAUGGAUACAGAGGAUUUGAAGUGACUGUCAAGGAGUCAAAAUUUACCAUGGAUACAAAAGGAUCAAAGGUGACUAGUGAGAAUGAAGUAGACUGGCAUUCAUAGAUGUUAGAAAUUUUAUAUCUGACCUUAACUGUCUCAGACAAAAACAACAAUUUGUAUGAGUUCAUGUCUGUAUGUUAUAUUAUAGUUGUAUGACAGUCAGACGGUAUGUACUGUAUAUAAAUAACUUGUGACAUUUCCUGUUGACAGGUAUGUAGUGGCCAAAUAAUGUACACAUUAAUUUAUUUGACAAUCAUGAGCAGCUUUACUGUCCCAACCAAGCUGUUUUAAUCAUUAAACAGGCUGAUAUAGUUUGUAAACCUAGAGUUGUGACAUUGAGGAACACUGCUGGACAUUGUUAUAUGUUUAAAAGUAAAAUUUGAAGGAUUUCCUGAAUCUUGUUCUCUUGUAACAUAUUGGUAAUGGGACUUAUUCAGUCAGCGUAUAAAAGGUAGUGGAAUAGCAGAUCUGGCUCAUCUUCAAAAUUUUGAUGUACAGUAAAACCCAGCUAAGUCGAACUCCUCGGGCCUGUGUCAAUAGUUCGAGGAAUACAGGGUAAUCAGAGGUUGGUCAAAAUGUAGAUCGUGUGUGAGAUAUAGUCUGUACCGCGAUGGUAUGUCUCUGGUCAUAGUAAGUAGUCAUCAAUCCGUUAACGAACAAUUACACUUGAUUGAAGUCUUAUAGAGGAGAAACAUCUCACACAUUUCAGAAUCAAUACCCAGAACUACUGUAAGAAGUCUCUGAUUGAAUACUGACGGAGUCUCGUCACUUACUUUCCUCUUCACCCUUAACUUUGGAGAAGCUGAUCCAGCUGCCCUCCCAGUAUCACUGGGCCCUUCAACACUGGAUUGCUCAGCUCUACCAUUAAAGUUAGAAAUCAUUGUGAGAGAGGUUGUGAAUGAUUUGUCAUGGUAGCGUUAUCCUUUAAUUCUCUAGCGAUCUCCUCAACAUUUUGACACUGAGCUACUCAUAAUUAGGCUUGUUCAGAUAAUGACCCCGAGUUACUCUUAUUAAAAUGCUAAUUAUCAAUUUAAAAACAUUUGCAUUAUAUUAAUUGAAGUUAAGUCUUUGAUCUCGCAAAUACCCACUCUGAUUUUUAAUUAAUGCUUGUUAUCACUAAUAUCACAGAGAGUAGCGGCGUGUCGGCUUCAGUGACUAUUUUUCUAUAAGUACUGUUUGUUUAGAUAGGCCUAAUUACGGACACAAAGAUAUGUGAAUCUAAUCAUAGAAAAAUGCGAACACAAACUCAUUGUUUAAAAGUGUAUAAAUGCCCCUUGGGGAAAAAGUCGUUUCAAUGAUACAUCAGUAGAAAAUUGUUCUGUUAUUAGUGUGUCAUUUCGUAAUUUGGUUUUACUGAAAUAAAACUUCCGGUAUAAUGUUGCAAUAUUAUUCAGUUUUUUAAGUCAUGCUAAACCACGUGUGUACUAGAAAGGUAAUGAUAAAAUUACUGCAUAAGGUGUGAAGUAUCAGCAGAAGUAGGUAAACCUGUCUUUAAUCCCUUAAUUGGCUGCUGUCAUGUCACACACCUGUGUAAACACAUGGCAGUGAUCAGUGCCAAUCAGCUCACGUUAACGCAGUCAAGUGUGACACAGAUGGAUUACAUGUUCGACGAAAACAUGGGAAUAUACUAUGGUAAUAUUAGGGAACGGGGAUAAAUAUGAGUUAGAUGAAAAGGGGGUAUUCAACGAAUAGCGGUUCGAGGAAUCCGGGAUUUUAUAACAUAGAAUAUAUAAGGAAACGGUAGGGUCCGAGCAGGCAGUUCAACAAAUAUGGGGUAUUCAAGGAAUGCAGGUUCGAGUAAGUGGGGUUUUACUGUAUAUGAAAUAUACAUAUCAUAUGGUUGUUUAAUCAGAGUACAUAGGUAAUAUUGGUAGGUUACAAUAAGUAUUCCAUGGUAUAAUUGGUUAGUUACUCAGAAUAUUAGGUGUUAAUGCUGGUUGGUUACCCAGGGUACUCUGGUAAUACUGGUUGGUAACCCUGAGUGCUCUGGUAAUUAUGGUUGGUUUCUUAGAGUACUCUGUGGUAAUACUGGUUGGUUGCACAUAGAAAUCUGUGGUAACUGUUGUUGGUUACUCUGAGUACUCUGUUAUACUGCCUGUUGGUUACCCUGGGUAUUCUGUGGUAAUAUCGGAUGCUUGCUUGAGGAAUAGAAUUUUAAGUUCACAGAUGCUGACUUUAUGAACCAACAAAGUUUUCUGUGUAAGCAGUUGAACAGGUGGGUAAUUCAGGCCCAUUAAGCCACUAUUAUGCAUUUAUUGAUAGUCAGUUGACUGUUUAGAUCUAUAGACCUCUUGCUGUUUAAACUAGAGCUAGGUUUGAAUAGAGUGGUACACAUUUGAUCUGACAUUGGGAGGUUUUAUAGAAUUAAUUGUAUUGUUGCCUAACUAUGCAGUAUGAAAAGAAAAGAUGAGUAUUUUGAGUGGAUAUUUAUGAUAUACAUUUGUUGAAGUUUUUAUAUAUAUUAACUGAGGAAUAGUGUGUUCCUUGAUAUAUGUUUACUGAUGAAGGAUGUGCGUGUUCCCUGAUAUAUGUUUACUGAUGAUAGAUGUGUGUGUUCCCUCAUAUAUGUUUACUGAUGAAGGGUGUGUGUGUUCCCUUAUAUACAUAAAUAUGUUUACUGAUAAAGGGUUUGUGUUCCCAAAUAUACUUUUAUAUAAUUUUUCUGAUGAAGGGUUUGUGUCCUCAAAUAUACUUUUAUAUAUGUUUUCUGAUGAAGGGUCUGUGUCUCCAAUAUAUAUUUAUAUAUGUUUAAGAAUGAAGGGCAUGUGUGAUCCUCAACACGCUUUUAUACUGAUUUACCGAGGGAUUGUGAUACCUUAGCUUUUACAAUUGCAAUCAUUAAUAAACAUCCAUUGUU